CUGUGUGGUGGUAACUCUUUACUCAAGAGGCUGAUCGACUUUUAUCCCAUUGUGGUCUUCUGCUCUUCAUGUUCGGGGUCAAAAUGUCCAGGCCAACUUGGAUCCUUUUUACUACACUCAGCAUUAUUCACCUCUCCUGUAUGACAGUUCCUACAGCCACAAAGUCAAUGGAACUAAGUCCCUUGUAUGUAGCAGUGAACCAAAACGCGGAGAUAAGCUGUAACUACACAUCCCCAGAAGAGUUAAAUGAACUCAAAAUCUCGCUGGUUAAAGGACUGAAAAACGGAACCGAUGUCUGCUCAUAUUCCUGGAAUACAAUAUCAAAUACAACAAAAACAGAAAAAGACUUUAACUGUCGGGUGGAUUUUGCCAAAAAACCAAACAAAAUAACUUUCCACCUCCAGAAUGUACAGGUCAAUCAGAUGGACAUUUAUACCUGCAAAAUUGAGACUUUACACCCACCACCAUAUAAAGAGAAUAUAAGCCAUAAUGCGACUUUCAUUCACGUGACAGGUGUUUCUGAAGCCCCAGAACGUCCGUGCCCGGAACAUAGACUGGAAUACAUGCUGAUGAUAGCAGCAAUCAUCAUCUUUAUUGUCUACAGCGUGACAGUAACAGCAGCUUCUUACUAUUGCUGGUGGAAAGCAAAGAAGAAUAGGAUUGUUCGGAAUGACUAUUUCAACAUGACGCCUUGGCAAACUAAUGGUGUAAAGAAGAGGCAACCUCCCUUGAAUGUCCCAGCAAGGAACUACACUGCCUACCGAUCGUGGGAGCCAUGAUGCAUGCGUGACACACUUGGCCUCUUCCUACCAUGGGAAAUGCAACAGUAUGUUCUGCCUUUUGUUGUGUGGGCACUGAUGGAUCGUAACUGGCGAUAGAUAACAGCAAGAGAAAAGUAUAUUCAGUAGCACAAAUAAUUAAAACUACAAGCUAACUUUCAUAUUGGUGACAGAAAAGAAGAAAAUCCGGAAUUGGGUUGUAAAUAGUCACGUAGGCCUGUCAUUUGUUUUAUCCAAACACUGCCUUGUGAUCCCCACAGAUGAUGUUUAAAUUGUAAUCAAACUCUACAAAAAUCAUAGGUAAACAUUUGUCAUUUUUUUAUGCCAAAAGAGAAAAUGCUGAAUGUACAGUUCAAAACAUGUGUGGAACAGAUCAGAAACAUCUUAAUUAUUUGGCCCCAUGUAGAACUUCAUGCUAAUUUAAAUGAAGUGUGUGAUUAGCAGGAUAUAGGUUUGCCGUGUAACUCUGUAGAGUAUCAAUUUUUGUAGUGAAUUGAUUCCAUAUACUGGUAAAACAAUCAAUCUGUAAGUGGUUUCUGGAAGAGCCUUGGAGGAAAAGGGUGGAAUGUACAUCCAUAUGAGAAAACUCUUGAAAUUUACAGACUCAUCAAAGUUUGAACAAAAGAAGCAGACAAAAAGCAAUGAGAGCAGAGCUACUAAUUCCCUGACAAAGUGGCUCCCAAUAAGAUCUCACAGUGGGAUGUACUUUCAUUUUUUUGACAUUGUGCUAUCUUGA